GUUUUUUAUCUUUUUCGAAAACUGCCCCUUCUGUUCCUGAGUGACUCACGUCGGCCAAAUACCCCUUUACCGCGUCAUAUUUCCUUGGAUCAGGUUUGUAUCGCGCUGCAACAAUCCCGGUCAAUCUGCGCACUGGGGCUUCCACUUACUAUAAGGAGAAUUUUCUGCAAAAGCCUACUGGAACCUCACCAUAUUCGACGAAUCAGCAGUGGCGCUGGGGCCAGAAAGACGAUGCCCGCGCAUUUACUAAUGCAUACGGAAUCGCGGGUGAAACAGCUGCUUUGAAUUUUUUAUCGCUGUGGCCUGGCGGGUGGAAAAAAAUGUAGCUGACAAACAAUUUCCCCUCCGGUGCUGGAGUCUAUAAAAGGCCCCAGCGCCUGGCAUCGCCCUCUUCUGCCCUCUUACUGAACGCAAUCUACACCUCCCCUUAGCAACUUUUCCCUUCCAGCCCACGCCCCCUCAAAAUGCUUAUUCCGACAGCUACAUUACGCGCCAUGCCGCGGAUUGCCCAGCUCUCACGCCUUGCUCCCAUCACUGUACGGCGCACCUACGCUACGUCCCGCCCGCCCCGUGUCCUGGUCACCGGCAGCCUCGGUCAGCUGGGCUCAUCAAUGGUCAACACGCUCAGGGCAAAGUUUGGCCGCGAUAACGUCGUCGCCUCCGACAUCAAGAAGCCGACUGACGUGCAGCGCAACAGCGGACCCUUUGUGUACGCCGACGUGCUGAACUACAAGUCUCUGGACAAGCUCGUAGUCGACUACGGCAUCGACUGGGUGGUGCAUUUCUCGGCCGUUCUCUCGGCCGUCGGCGAGCGCAACCCGGCGCUCGGCCUGGACGUCAACAUCAACGGCUUCCAGAAUGUCCUGGAGGUCGCCAAAAACCACAGGCUGCGGCUGCUGUCGCCCAGCACCAUGGGGGCAUUUGGCCCGACCACGCCCAAGGACAACACACCGGAUUUCACGAUCAUGCGGCCCAACACCAUCUACGGCAUCACCAAGGUACACAUGGAGCUGCUCGGCGAGUACUAUAAUGAAAAGUUUGGUGUGGACUUCCGCAGCCUGCGCUACCCGGGCAUCAUUUCCGCCGACACGCCGCCCGGCGGUGGCACGACCGACUAUGCCGUUGAUAUUUUCCACGCGGCGCUGAAGGACAACAGCUAUACGUGUUUCCUCAAGGACGACGCCAUGCUGCCGAUGAUGUACAUUGACGACUGUAUCCGCGGUACCAUGCAGCUUCUGGAGGCCCCCGAGGAGUCGCUGACGCAGCGUGUCUACAACGUCAACGCCUGCGCCUUCACGCCGGCUCAGAUUGCCGACGAAAUCCGCAAGCAGUUCUCGUCCGAAUUCAAGAUGGACUACCAUCCUGACUUCCGCCAGCAGAUUGCCGAGACCUGGCCGCAUUCGAUGGAGGAUAAUGCCGCGCGCCGCGAUUGGGCAUGGAACCCGCAGUACGAAACCUCCGAUAUUGUUGCCGUGAUGCUCAAGAAGCUCGCCCCUGUAUACCAGAACCACCAGGUCGUGUCGCAGAUGGCCGCUGAAACCGCCGUGGCACAGUAAGAUUUACUAAUAGAUAGUGUAUUUUUUCUCUUCAGGGGCAUUCCUACCGAGAUGUGAUGAUAUCAUGCCUGUGUCUUCUUUAUCUGCUUACCCACCACGGGCGCAACCAUUUUCCUCUAAGCUUUCUUUAAAUACCAACACGAUUUUGUGG